AUUAUUUAUCACUCAAGCAUCAUGAAAAUCAAAGCUAUACUUUUUAUCAUUGUGUUAGCAAUGGUGCUCUGACUUGGCUCAGCUGAAAAAUGUAGUUUUGAGUGCUUAGGAGCAUGCCAGAUGAAUGAUGCUACUUAUGAGUGCUUUAAAUCAUGUCAUUGUGGAAUACAGAAGAUCCCAACAACCCACGAUAUUCUUAAGCAAAAUUUGUGUUAUACCAGUUGUAAUGCCGAGUGUCUGGAAGAGAUAGACCCAAUCAAAGCAAAGAAAUGCUUCUCUAGAUGAAGCUGCAAAUGCAAUACCAACUGCUUAGACAGCUGUUCUGACUUUGAACACCCCGAAUCUUGCAAAACCUCUUGUGGAUGCAUCCAAACUCCAAAAGACACCUCUCCUCCACCUGAAUCUCCAAACCACCUCCUAUCUUUCCACAACAUCGAGCUAUCAAUGUCUCCAGAGUCCCUACUGCUCUCACCCCCUCAGUACCACCCUCUCUUCUACCUCCUAUCAGCUCUCUUCUUAAUCCUCAUCAUCCUAGUCACAACUUACAUAGUCUGGUCCAAAGAAGACGCCAAGACACCACCAGCAGAAGCCGCUUACGCUGACAGAGAAAUGCAUUACGAGAUUUUUCAACAGUAAAACCUCAGUCUCGCCCAGCCGCAGCCGAAGUGGUCUUUCUAAUUGAGUGAAGACGAAGGCAGGCCAGAAGGAAUUUUGAACGUACUUCAAUUAAGUAGAA